GCGUUUGUAUUCUUUCUGUUGUUAUUUGAUUCGAUUUAGAGUUACUGUGAGGAUUUUUAGCUGGUUUUGUGGUCUCUGUGUGAUUCUGGUUGUUGUAAGGGCAAGAUCUGGUUGAAUUAUACUGAUUUGUGAGUGAUAAAUGAGUUUGAGGUGUUUGAUCGAAUUGAGCUGCCAUUUGCCUUCCGUUUGGUUGCAAAGGAAGUGUAUUGGAAAAAGAAAUGAAGCUGAAAAUAUAAAGACGGUUUGGUAAUGUGGUCUUAUUGGGGAUUGGAAGGCCUUGUUGAUUUGUUUUUGAUCGUUGUGUAGAGUGCGGACUAGGGAAAACUAAUGAAGAACGGGAUGAUAGAAUGUAGUGUAUGCCAUUCAAAGAUUGUUGCCCCGAACUCUAAAGCUUUCUCCAGGGCCUAUGACCGCCACAAGAACAGGUUAUCAUCCAAGCAACGUGUUCUCAAUGUACUCUUGGUCGUUGGUGAUUGUAUGCUUGUCGGUUUACAGCCUAUCCUGGUUUAUAUGUCCAAGGUCGAUGGAAAAUUCGAGUUUAGCCCGAUUAGUGUAAACUUUUUAACAGAGGCAGCAAAGGUUCUAUUUGCUGUCGUUAUGCUAUUGUUGCAGGCUAGGAAUCAGAAAGUUGGGGAGAAGCCUCUUCUCUCAAUUUCUACAUUCAUGCAGGCAGCUCGCAAUAAUGUGCUUCUUGCUGUUCCAGCAUUUCUCUAUGCUAUUAAUAACUAUUUAAAGUUCACCAUGCAGCUAUAUUUUAAUCCUGCAACUGUGAAGAUGCUGAGCAAUUUGAAGGUGUUGGUGAUUGCUGUUUUGUUGAAAAUGAUAAUGAAGCGCCGAUUUUCAAUAAUUCAGUGGGAAGCCCUUGCUUUGUUGCUCAUUGGAAUUAGUGUAAAUCAAUUGCGAUCUUUACCCGAGGGUUCCACUGCUUUAGGUCUUCCAGUUUCGACGGGCGCAUACAUCUACACAUUGAUCUUUGUAACAGUUCCAUCAUUGGCCUCUGUUUAUAAUGAGUAUGCUCUGAAGAGCCAAUAUGACACAAGCAUAUACCUCCAGAACUUAUUCUUAUAUGGGUAUGGUGCUAUAUUCAACUUUCUAGGAAUAUUGGUAAUGGCCAUUGUCAAAGGACCAAGUAGCUUUGAUAUCCUUCAUGGUCAUUCAAGAGCUACAAUGUUUCUGAUAGCUAACAAUGCAGCACAAGGAAUUCUGUCUUCUUUUUUCUUCAAAUAUGCAGAUACAAUUCUAAAGAAGUACUCGUCCACUGUUGCCACUAUCUUCACGGGCAUAGCAUCUGCUUUGCUGUUUGGUCAUAAAUUGACUAUGAACUUUGUUUUAGGAAUUUCUAUAGUCUUCAUCUCGAUGCACCAGUUCUUUUCUCCCAUUUCGAAAGUCAAGGAGGAGGAACGAAAUGGGAAGCUAGAAAUGAUAGAUGUCGAUGAUAAACACAGGUCAAAGGAUUCCUUUAUUAAUAUGGCAGCAGGGGCAAAUGAAGAGGCUAGUCAUCGGGUGGGCCCUGAUGAGAGACAGCCGCUUCUUCCGACCUAAAAGUUUUAUGGAGAUUCUUUUUUUCUUUUCUUUGAAGGAAUUCUUUUGGCAGGAAUUGAAAUGAUACGAGAGAUUAAGCAAAUCGAGAUUCCUCAAACAUUCAAUAAAUUUAUCUGAGAAGAGAUACUUUUCUACUGUUUUCCGGGGAUCCCUUUUCCCGUGUCACGGGGUUUCCCUAAGUUGGCGUAUAAAGCAGUUCAUAAAUGAAUUCGGAGGAUACACGGCGUUAGGUUAUCCCAGCUUUUCGCUGCAGAAGAUUGAUAGAGAAAAUAGUAAUAUGUUGUCAACAAUUAUUGGAUUCCUACAUGCACUUUACUUUAGCUUACCAAUGUGAUUUGUAAUUGCAUUCUUUGUAUAAUUUACCUUGGACCACAUACACAUUUCACCCCCAAUGUCAACUUUUGAGUUUUUCUUUUUGUUUCA